AUGCACCCGUCUCGGCAAGCGUAUGUCGAGGAGGACACUGACAUGGGGAUCAACUUCGCUGAUCUGCCGGUCGACCAAGACUAUGACAUGCCCACCGCGGAAGCUGGUAUUCCGUCCUCGCGCGCGUCUGCCAUCAUCUCCCAAUUCGAGCGCAAGCGCCGAGCGGCGGCGAUGGUCGUUCCCACAGACGACGCCAAAGUGCGCGCAAGGCUACGAGAGCUCGGCGAACCAAUCACACUAUUCGGCGAAGGGCCGUCAGAGCGACGAGAUCGUCUCCGCGAGCUGCUAACCGAUAUGGCGGACCAGCAAGGCGGCGAUAUUGAAAUGGAGGAGCCCGAGGCCGAAGACGAAGACGAACGACAAGAAGAAUUCUAUACCGUGGGAAGUGAUGAAUUGCUUGCGGCACGCAAGAGCAUUGCGCAUUAUUCGUUACCACGCGCCAAAGCUCGAAUCGCUCGGUUGAGGGAGGAGUCGACCAUCCCACUUCGAACACAUGUCAAGCAUCGCAAAGCCGUGAGGGAAAAACUAGAAGGAUUCGAUCUUUACGGAUCACAGAUUGCCGGCGAACGACCCCGGUGGUAUAAAAUUGUUGACUGUGCCUAA